AUGGACCAACGUGUGCUCUUUGAAGUAUGGAAGAUCCUUCAGGUCUUCCACGAGCCUGAGCGCCUCGCACGCGAGAACGGUGUCCUCGCAGAGCCAGUCGUCCACGUGGCCAAGCCCGUGUACGUCGCCCCCCCGCCCCCCGUGGUGCAAACACCUUCCAAGCUACCGCGCAACCUCAGUGUGCGCACAUCAUCCGACGUUGCUGACAAGUCCAACGAGCUGGAGACGCUCGAACGUCUCUUGGCCUUCAAGGAGAAGAGCGAGAAGAUGCCUUUUGUGCUGGUAUGGAGCGUCAUUUACCAGCACUUGCUCCUGGGACGCAGCCAGACACCAACCAAUGCGUUCUACUCGCUCAAGAAGAUCAACUCGCAAGAAAAGCUCGAAGAUGAACUCAACAAGAGCAACCUCCUCGACGGUGACGAUAUGCCCGCGCUCGUGCUCGACCACGUCUACCUCGGGAGUCGUAGCCAUGCCAAGGACAGGGACACGCUGCUCAAGCUUGGCAUCACACACAUCCUCAACGUCACGCCAGCACGCUCGGUGGACCCCGUCGCAGGCGUACCAAACUUUUUUGAGAACGAUACGCGCUUCACCUACCGCCGCUGUGCUCUGUACGACAACAAGGGCGAGGACAUUCUGACGUCGAUCGAAGGCUGCUUGGCCUUUCUCGACCAAGCCCAAUUUUACGGCAAGGUGCUCGUACACUGCAAGCAGGGCGUGAGUCGGUCCGCGUCCAUCGUGGUCGCCUACGUGAUGCGAACCAAGGAGCUGUCGCGCGACGACGCCCUCACAUUUGUGCAAGCCCGUCGCCCCGAGGCCCAGCCGAAUGGUAGCUUUCUCAAGCAGCUUCUCCAGUACGAAGUGCGUCUCAAGCAGCGAGCUGCGAUAAAGGCAACCUCCACCACCACCAAGGAGCGUCCAGUAUCACCCCAAGCAGCGAUUGGCCCAGCACUUCCUCCGCACUUGCGCAAGUCAGUGCUUAACGAAACACCGUCAAUUGGACCGCAGCUGCCUCCCAAACGCAGGAGCAGCACGAGCGACGCUACCGACAGCCCCACUCGGAAGCGCACCAAGCCGGGCGAGGACGCGUCAACAAGCCCAUUGACGCGUAUGACAUGACAACAAAGCAUGCAUACCCUUAACGAACGAUACCCGUCACACUCGACAGAAUAGAGUCUUGAGCGCGAAAAUUUACUAGCACUAAAACUCACUUCCACAACAACCCAGAAACCGAUCGAGC